AUGUCGGCCGCUGCUAACUCCGCGGCGUACUGGCGCAUCGCGGGCAUGAGCUACCUGAAGUACUCGAACAUGUGCGCCGAGGUCGUGCGCGGGUGCUUGAAGGAGCCGUGGCUUACCAAGGUGCGAACGCGCGCCUUCUCUCCGCGCGUCGCGCGAUCUACGUCGCGCGACCGCUCGUCUCGAUCAAUUCGAGCCCGCGUCUCGAGCGCGCCCGUUGAUCGUUUGAGCCAACCUUUCGUCCAUCGACUGACGCGCGCGCCCGUCUCUUCUCGUAUUCCUCAGGCCAAGCCCCGCGAGGCGGUGUACAUGAAGCACACGAAGUGGGCGGACGGCAAGCCGGGGACGCCUGGUGCGUCCUAA